AUGAAAUCACAACCAUUCCAUAGAAAGCUCCUUAGUGUGCUUUUGGUAGUGUCUUUCAUGACGCUGCUAUUGUUACUACUCAUUCAUGCUCAACAGCAGCCACCUCCUGCUCAACCUUCACCUGCACCUUCUCCUCAACAACAAUCUCAAUCUCAGACACAGCAAGGUGCUGGACAGCAACAACAAUCUCAAUCACAAGGUGCUGGUGGUCAGCAACAAGGAGGUCCUCCACAACCUCAACAGUCACCACAACCUGGACAAGAUCAACCUGUAGGUGGACAAGGUGGUGGACAAGGUGGUGGACAAGGAGGUCAGCAACAACAAGGUGGUCAGCAACAACAAGCACGACGUCUCAUGCAACAAAUUUCAAUGGAUUUACGAGUGAUUCAAUCUGCUGGUCGAAGAUGUUUUAGUAAUAUCCAAACUCAGCAGUUUCCUACAGGUCAGAAUCUACAGCAACAACAAGGUCAAACGGAUUCGAGUGGAAGCAGCGGUGGUGGACAACAGCAAGGUUCUGGUGGUCAGCAACAGCAACAACAAACUCAACAACAACAGACAAAACAACAGAAUCAAACUCAGACUGUACAGGUACAAACAACCACUACUCAACCUCAACAAUCGCCCCAACCUCAGCAGUCGCCACAACCUCAACAAUCACCCCAACCACAGACGUCACCACAGCCACAGGCAUCGCCACAACCACAAACGUCACCACAACCACAGACAUCGCCACAGCCACAACAACAACAAGGUGGUCAACAACCAAUGCCCCCAUUCUUCAUGCCACAACCACCUGAUCAAGACUUGUUUGGUGGACGCGGUGGUGGUUCUCAACAACAACGAGCUUGCAGCGUAGUCUUACAAGCCACUCAAGCACUCGUCAAUAACACACAACAAUUACAAGCUAUGGCUUCUUCAUUACCGAAUAGUACAGUCGAAGCAUUGCAGAAUUUGACACAAAUUGUACCCUUAUUACUCGAACAUGCACAGAAUGGAAAUUGGAGUUUGUAUCAAACAGUAUUGCUAUCAUUCUUGUCAAGUUGGCAAGGUAUUCAGAGAGCGAGUCCAAGAUUUGGAGAUUUGGAUGAUUUCAUGCCACCUUUCAUGCCCCCUCCAUUUGGGGAUGAAGAAAUGAUGAUGGGUGGUCAACAGCAAGGAAUGAUGGGUGGUCAGCAACAAGGAGGUCAACAACAAGGUGGUCAACAACAACAAGGAGGUGGUCAAGCUGGUCAACAGCAACAAGGCGGUGGUGGCAGACAGCAACAACCAAUGAGAAGACCUUAUAGUCAUUUUGAUGACUAUGAUGGUUAUGAUGAUGAGGGUUAUUAUCCACAAGAUUUUCCAUUCAUGCCACCUUGGUGGAAUCCUUACGGUCAACCUUUUGAAUGGGGUUUCCAAUAA